CUAUAUCGAUGGACAGUAAGUACAGUUUUCAAAAUGACAGCUGCCUUCACGAAUCCCGUUGCCGACCUACAACAAUAUGAUCCAAGAUAUAAAGGAUUAUUUAGAUCAUCUUGGUCUUCAAGGGCUCUAUCCACGUGCACUGGAAUUAAUAUCUCUGCCCAAAGCAGUGCCAACUACAACUAGAUCGCAAUGCUCUUUGAUGUCAGAUCACAUUACAGUUCUGUGUAAGCUGAAUCAAGUCGUCAAUAUGGCCCACCAGUUGAAUAGCGACAUAGCCAAUAUCACCAAUCAUAAAUAUGUGGCUCACCAAAUAGCUUUACUCUAUCAAUCUAUAUGCACAAAUGCCUUGAAGAAAUGCACUUUCCUGCAGCCAUAUCAAAAAAGCAUCGAAGACAACUUUAAACAUGUGAAGAACACAAUAAACAGUUCUGGGGAUACCCCACAUGUUACUCAACAGCAAAAACAGUGGCUCUUGGAUUUGACUAGUGGCAUAGUGAACACCGCUGUCUCCCAACUACGCAGCAUCAUUCCUCCUGACAUUGCCAUGGUUACCAGACCUACGAAGUAAUCUCUACCAUAGCAACAUACUUUAACCUUUGCAAAACG